AUGGCAACCAAGAGAAACGUUACCUCCAAUGCUCCUGCUGCAGAAGACGUCAGCAUCAACAACAAGGCUGUGAUUGAUGAAGCUAUCGAAAGAAACUGGGAGAUCCCUAAUUUCACCAUCAAGGAGAUCCGUGAUGCUAUCCCAGCUCACUGUUUCCGUCGUGAUACCUUUAGAUCUUUUACACAUGUCCUUCAUGAUUUUAUCAUCAUCGCCAUCUUGGCCAUUGGUGCUUCCUAUAUUGAUUCAAUCCCCAACACUUAUGCCCGCAUUGCUCUCUGGCCCUUGUACUGGAUCGCUCAAGGUAUCGUAGGCACUGGUGUCUGGGUCAUUGGCCAUGAAUGUGGCCAUCAAGCCUUCAGUCCCUCAAAGACUAUUAAUAACAGCGUUGGCUACGUUCUCCACACUGCUUUAUUAGUGCCUUAUCAUUCAUGGAGAUUCUCUCACUCAAAGCAUCAUAAAGCUACUGGCCAUAUGUCAAAAGAUCAGGUCUUUGUCCCCACUACUCGUAAGGAAUACGGUUUGCCUCCUCGUGAGCAAGAUCCUGAAUCUGAUGGACCUCAUGAUGCCCUUGAUGAAGCUCCCAUCGUUGUCUUGUACCGCAUGUUCCUUCAAUUUACCUUUGGCUGGCCUCUUUACCUCUUCACCAAUGUCUCUGGUCAAGAUUACCCCGGCUGGGCUUCUCAUUUCAACCCCAAGUGUGCCAUCUACGAUGAAAACCAAUUCUGGGAUGUCAUGAGCUCUACCGCUGGUGUUCUCGGUAUGAUUGGUGUCUUGGCUUACUGUGGCCAAGUCUUUGGUUCUCUCGCUGUCAUCAAAUACUAUGUUAUCCCUUAUUUGAAUGUUAACUUUUGGUUGGUUUUAAUCACUUACUUACAACACACUGACCCCAAGUUGCCCCAUUACCGCGAAAACGUCUGGAACUUCCAACGUGGUGCCGCUUUAACUGUUGAUCGUUCUUAUGGUUUCCUCCUCGACUACUUCCACCAUCACAUUUCCGAUACUCAUGUUGCGCAUCACUUCUUCUCCACCAUGCCUCACUACCACGCCGAAGAAGCCACUGUUCACAUCAAGAAGGCCCUUGGUAAGCACUACCACUGCGACAACACUCCUGUCCCUAUUGCUUUGUGGAAGGUCUGGAAGACCUGUCGUUUUGUCGAAGAUGAGGGCGAUGUCGUCUUCUUCAAGAACUAA